CGCGUGUGCGUGUGUGUGCGCGCGAGCGACCGCGUGUUUGUACGCGUGCGUGCGCGCCCGCGCGCGUGCGUGUGGCUGCUCUGCUGUUGCUGCCCUUUGAUCCCUGCAUUAGUGUUAGUUAGGGGCUCGGAGACACACUUGCACCGAGAGCAGCCAUAGUCAAGACACGGCAACAACAACAGCGGCACCUCCUCCGCCCGUGUUCCCGACCGUACACUUUAGACCGAGCGGAGCCAGGUGCACGACCGAGUCCCUGCCAUCACUGGCGCCUCCGGUCUCAAUGGGAAAAACCUUUUUUCUUCUUAUCCCUAAACAAGGACGAGAAUGUGAUUAAAAACGGGGGAAAAUGCCAAGGAGGAAGCAGGAGCAACCCAAGCGCCUGCCUUCACAUGUGGACAGCAACGAUGAAGGAGGGCCCGAUAAUGUUCCUGUGGAGGAAGAAGGCUGGUUUGGGAAUGCUUCUGACACGCGCUCAGAGUCGUCUUCCUACGGAGACACGCAGGAAGAACUCCUCCUGGCCAGGGGCUCCUCACCCGAUGAACAGCCUGGAAUCAGCAUCGCGGACCACGAUACCUGCGGGGGCGAGAGCUCCUUGGGUUGCCCCACACCCGUCCAUCGUGCCUCUUUGGAACUUCUCGGACUGGAUGGAGGUGCAUUCUCGGCCCAGGACACGCUCUCUUCUGUGGUGUCGUCACUGUACGGCGAGGCAGCAUCUCGUGCCCUGGGAAAACCCCUCAGCAGCAACCUGCGGCGCCUCCUGGAGGCCGGGUCGCUGAAACUCGACACCGGGGAGCUGCUGGGUCGGUCAUCGAGGGGAUGCGCUGGGGGGGAGUCUCCUCCAAUAGGCCUCGCCCCGCCUCUGACCCUCUCCCCGUCUUCCCACCACGCCCAGCAGUUAAGUGCUCUUGCCCGAAAACUGGCCAAUAACAACAACAACAGCAGCAGCGGGGCGGCCUCGCCCGCCUCCUUGGCACCCUCAGUCACCAACAUUAAGCAAGAGUCCCUUGAUCCCUUUAACUCUGUCACCCCUAGCAACGGCGGUGGCUUUGUAUGGGCAGGUGUUGCAGAUAAGUGGCCGCCGGCCAGCUGCUCCACGCCCUGUGGCUCCAGCCUGUCCCCGGACUCCGCCAUCCAGAAGUUAAAAGCGGCGGCGAAUGCCGUGCUUCAAGACAAGAACGCCGUGGCCUCGUCCUCAACGACUUCUUCCUCCUCCUCCUCCACCUCCGGCUCGUCUGCGGUGCCCGGCCUCGGAGGGGGCGGUCGAGGAGACGACGUGGUACGCUUCGAUGCCUUCAGCUCUCCGUUCAGCCCACAGUCGGCUAGCUCCACCCUCGCGGCGCUUUCCAAGAAAGUCAGCGAGCGGAGCCAAACGUCGUCAACGACCAGCGCUGCUACCGACCAUCAGUCCUCGGGUUCCUUCCUCUCGCUUGUGUCAAUGACCUCCUCUGCUGCCUUGCUCAAAGAGGUGGCAGCCAGGGCAGCGGGAAACCUGCUGGCAGAGAAGAAAGACGGUUCCUUGUUGGCGACUGCUGGGGUCCUCCAAGAGGAUGUGAAGCCCCUGAUGGACAAGAACCAGAGGGCUCCCACGCCCUCUACACCCACCCAGAGCCUCGAUUUGCUGUUGCCCUCUACUCCAAAGAGCAGAGGCAAACCCAACAGCCAAGCAGGCUCUCCCGAGGAUGGUGGCAAACCGUUCCAGUGUCCUGUGUGUGGACUGGUCAUCAAACGCAAGAGCUACUGGAAGAGACACAUGGUCAUCCACACAGGCUUGAAAAGCCACCAGUGUCCCCUGUGUCCCUUCCGCUGUGCUCGCAAAGACAAUCUUAAGUCCCACAUGAAGGUACAUCAGCACCAGGACCGGGGUGAGACGUUUCAGUGCGAACUCUGCCCCUUCACCUCCUCCCGUCACUUCAGCCUGAAGCUUCACAUGCGCUGCCACCAGCACUUCCCCCGCACAGACGUCAAGGUGAAGGAGGAGCUCACCACCGAUACGGAGGGCGAGGGCUCCCUGAUGGGGGACAGCGGCCCCACGGACCUGAGAGGGACGGAGGUGUCCCCGCUGCACUCGGACAGCCAGCUGCAGACGUCCUCCCCGGUCGAGGCUUCUUCCAAUCACGUCCACAUCAAGGAGGAGCCCCAGGAGAGGGAUCUGUCCGUGCUCUCCACCUUUAGCAUGUGCAGGGACCGUCCCCGCAGCAGUGCCAACUCCCUGGACCUACCUGGAGGCGGGGUCAGAUCCAGUCCUAGCGGCCCAACCACAGCCUCCCUCUUCAGCCCGGACAUCACUACCAAGACGGCCACUGACCUCCUUAUGAAGCUUUCAGCGGCCAAUCAGAGGGAGUCGCUCAAGUCUCCGUUCCACCUGAAGGAAGAGCCCAAGGGGGAGGAGGUGCUGAGCCCUCGGCCAUCCUCCCAGAGCCAGGUGCAGCCAAGCUUCCCUGCUACUUUCUGCCAGGACAGGCCACUGGGGGCUGCGGCAGCCACGGAGCGCCCGGGGCCACUGAAGCCGAGGGACGGAAGUCCCAUGGCCAAGAACACCUUGCUGAACCACGACAUCAACCUUAAGGUGGCGUCUGAGCUGCUCAUUAAGCUAUCAGAGAACAACAAAGAUCAGUAUCAGAAGGUGAAAGUAAAGCCAGAGCCCAUGGAGGUGGACCCUCCCCCUGCUGAACUCUCUCCACCUGCCUCUCACCUGCGGGCCUGCAGCACUUUAAGUGCGAGUGAGAAGACCGAGCCAAUGAGUAACCUUCUAGAGACAUUGGCCCGCCCCCAGAAAGACCUGUUCUCCCAGGACAUAUCGGUCAAAAUGGCCUCCGAACUACUUUUCAAAUUGUCAGAAAAAGUCAGCAAAGCCAACUACCACAAAGACAGUAACAUGGUGGGAAUGAACAGUCCGUUUCUGGACGAGUGCUUCAGACAAUCACCCUUUAACUCGCGCUCCAAGAGCUCUUCCCCCGCAGAACCCAGCUCGUCUACCAGGGCACUGUUCCAUGACUCUGAGAAGGACGACGGGGAGCCGGGAAACGGGGUCGCGCCGUGGCGACUAAACGAGCAGCUCUUCCCCUGUCCCGUCUGCGGCAAAGUGUUCGGCCGACAGCAGACGCUCUCCAGGCAUCUGUCUCUGCACACGGACGAGAGGAAGUACAAGUGUCACUUGUGUCCUUAUGCAGCCAAGUGCAGGGCUAACCUCAAUCAGCACCUGACCAUCCACUCUGUGAAGCUGGUCAAUACCGAUGCUGAGCAGAUAGUCAGCGCUGUUACAGCAGAGUCCGCUGAGCGCAAGAACUGCCCCUACUACUACAGCUGCCAUGUGUGUGAUUUCCAGACGGAGCUGAACGCUCAGUUUGUCAGCCACAUGUCGCUCCAUGUGGACAAGGAGCAGUGGAUGUUCUCGCUGUGCUGCAGCGUCUGUGACUACGUCUGCAUGGAGGAGAGCGACAUGAAGAGCCACAUUAGCACUGGACACGCAGGUCUGAGCUCCAGAAGUCCCCUCAGCGAGACCAAGAGCACGUCUUCUUCCCUCUCGGCCCUCAGCGACUCGCUCAACAGCUCGGAGGGCGGGGACCUCACCCACGGCAACGAAGAGCUCCGGGGCCUGCUGGCCCUGCCCUCCUCCGCGGGAAGCCAGUCCAGCUCUGGAAGCCACUCGGGAUCAGGGACUGAGGACAAGUCCGACAAAGGCUUCGAGUGUGUCUUCUGCAAUUUCGUGUGCAAGACGCGUGGCAUGUACGAGCGGCACCUCCAGAUCCACCUCAUCACGCGGAUGUUCGAGUGCGACGUCUGCCACAAGUUCCUGAAGACGCCCGAGCAGCUGCUGGAGCACAAGAAGUGCCACACUGUCCCCUCCGGAGGGCUCAAGUGCCCUUUCUGCAUCUACUCCACCAAUCGCCCAGCGGCCAUGGAGUGCCACCUCAAGACGCACCGCAAGAUGGAGCACCGCUGCCGCAUCUGCCAGGGACUGUGGCCGGACCAGGCCUCAUUGGAGGCCCACAUGCGCGGGCACCGCCUGGGCAACCACUACAAGUGUGAGCAGUGUGGCUACUUGUCCAAGACGGCCAACAAGCUGAUCGAGCAUGUGCGCGUGCACACGGGCGAGCGGCCCUUCCACUGCGACCGCUGCUCCUACAGCUGCAAGCGCAAGGACAACCUCAACCUGCACAAGAAGCUGAAGCACGCGCCGCGCCAGACUUUCGGCUGCCGAGAGUGCCCCUUCACCACCACACACCCCUUCGUCUUCAGCCGCCACCUCAAGAAACACCAGGGCGGAGCAGCGGGGGGUCCGGACGGAGGCGUGGGAGGAGGAGGAGGAGGAGGAGGUGAGCAGGGGGGGGAGGCGGAGGAGGAGGAGGAGGCAGAGGAGGAGGAGCUGCCGCUCCGGGGAGCAUCGCCGGGGGUCUCUUCGCCGCUUAAGAGCGUCCUGUUGAGCAGCGGGGGGAGCGGGGGCAGCAGCCCCCUGGUGAGCCUGACGGCGUCCCAGGCGCUCCAGUCCGUCGCCCUGUCGCUCGCGCUCGGCAAGCGCCGCCGGCCGGACGCCGCCGGCGCCCUGCACCGCCUGGCCGGCGCCAACGGCGAGGGCGCCACCGGCAGGGAGCCCGGCGGCCCCUCCCUCUACCCCCCCUCCUCCCGCCACGUGUUCGAGCAGUACGGGAACUGCGACCGGGCGCGCCUGAUCCCCCUCACCACCCUGUUCACCCACAACCGCCGCUUCACAUUCCGCCCGCAACUCCACUCCAGGCGGCGGCCCGCCACGCCUCCUCCUGGCUUCUCCUCUGGCUCGGCGUCGCCCUCGCGCUCCCCCCCCACGCCCUCCUCCCACAAACACUCCUUCCUGGCCUACCUGGGACUGAUGGAAAGGGCCAAGACUGUUUGACCCCACCCACCACCUCCUCCUCCCCCUCGCUCUCUCCCUCACUCCUCAGACGGUGGUGUGAACUGACACUUGACCGUCUUUUCCAAUCAGACCAGCAGGAUAAGCUGGAGCGGGCAAACGUAUUGAAGAAAAGAAAAACAUUUAUAAGAGAAAAAGGCUGUACAUGCUAAAAAUGCAUUUAUAUCAAAAAGCUGCUUUUCCUAUCAGUUCUAUCGAUUGAAUUAUUACUUCUUCAACUACUACUCUCUAUUACCUGUUUUGUUUUGAAUGACUUGGACCCAGUUGCAUUUUCUGAGGAGACGUUUCUCAGUUUUAUAGAUAUUUUUCUUUAGUCGUUUGACGAGAUAAAAAGACUAAACAAAACUUGCAAGUGCUAUAAUUUAGUGCAUUUGUGUCUAUCGCUAUUAUGCAUCGAAAUAGCAUGCCUGUGUUUCCACCAUCUUCGACGUCAUUAGGAAGCUGAGUUGGAGAGAUUCGGAGGCGCUAGCGGACAGAACUAAUGAAACGGAAUCCUUCUCACCGUAAAAAGGCCCGUUUCCAAAGCAACGCCUAAAACCACGCACUUACUUAUUUAUCAGUCUUGUAAAUAGUUUUGUAGCCCCUCCCCUUCCCAUCUUUUCCAUUUCUGUUGUUUUUUUGUACAAUGGUGAAACCAUAUUAUGCAUAGCUGCUGCCUGAUAUCACCUCUGUCUCGGAAUAAAUAUAAUUUAAAGGAGUUAUACUAGCUAAUUGAAAUAGUUUUUUUUUUGUAAGGUCGCCAAGCAGAACAUAAGUUGUGAUAAUAAUGUAAAUAAUGAAAUUCUGACUUAUGACAAGAAGCAUUAUACAUUUAUUGUUAAUAACUUGAUUUAGAUAGAAGUGUAAAAUGUUGACUGAAUUUGCACUCACGAGUGGGAUGAGCAGUGAAAUAAUGAGAAACCUUCAUCAAUUAUUUCUGAGACCGGGUGGGAAUCAGUGCAGCUUCACAUGCAGAACUAUGUAUGACGCACCUAUACUUAGAGAAGACAAAUAUGAGAUAACUGUUUUGUGGAGGUGACCAGCGCCGGGUUAGCAAGCUACCCACAGCCAGCGUCACCACAGGCCGAUUCAAUGGUGCUUUUUGGAGCUUUUUGUAAUUUUUGUGUACAAAAAAAAAAGAAAAGAAAAUAACUGUUCCAAAAUGACUUGAAUGAAUGUAUUUUUGUUUAUGUACAUGAAAAAGAAGCGAUACAGAAGUGUAAGCAGGGACGUCUUCUGUGCUGGAACAGACAGGAAAAGUCGGUGUGUUUGGUGGCCUUCUGUGUCCCUUUUCUUUUUGUCUUUUCAUUUUUAUUUUUCUUCACUUUUUUUACUGAGCCUUUUAUCAUAACAAACACAUUUUCUACUAACGUUCACCGAGAACCCAUCGUGAAAUACAAGCUCCCGUAGGUGCAAAUAUGAAGCAAAGCCAUUCACAUGUACAGCAUUGUUUUCAAUGGCACUGGCUUCUGCAUGCCGGUACUGCCCCCCCCCACCCCCCCCCCCGCCCCAAAAGCUCUUUUCAACCUUUUUGAGUUUUAAUUGCACUUAACAGUUACACUUCAAGCCAAAAGCACUUAAACCUUGUCUUUUUUUCUUUUCUUUUUUAAGGCGCAAUCUUGGAUCCACCAAGUUAGCACAGCGUGACGUGGACAGUAGUUGCUGGAAAUGAGUCAACAAUCAUCAAGCCGUAGUGUCACAUGUGAGCGUUUCUAGCAGGUUCAAAAGGGCGUAAAUUAAAACACAUUGCAUGAAUUAGCCAGUUUAGGUCAAGUUCUCCCUGGGAACUAAAGGUCCCAGGCUAAAUUGUGGGAGCCAGUUUUGCACAGUGCUGCACUUUUUGAUUAAGAGAAUAUGUAUUUAUCUGUAACAUUUUCAAAAACAAGUAUGUUUUGCGUGACAGAGCAGUAAAGUACAAGCAUUUUAUUUUGAAAAAGCUUUACCCAUUAUCUACAGUGCUUUUGUUUUUAAGUGGUCUUCAAGCCAAAUCUCUUAUUGUUAAGAGAUUAUUUUUUUCAUUUGUUCUCCUUGUUGCUUUUUUUUUUUUUUUUUUUAACUUUAAUCGUAUCAGAAAUACGUAGAUUGGACAGAGAACACGAAUUGUCGAGACCAAAAUGUAACACGGAUGUGAUGUUAGGAUCGAAUCCGUCACUUCCUGUUCUCGAGGGAGGCCUCGAUUGUCCCUCUUAACACUACUGUUUGUUUGUUCCUUUUUGCUCUGUCAAUGUCCGGCAUGCUGUGUCUCACACACACACACACACACACACACACACACACACACCCCCUCCUUGUACUAUCUACGUUAUCUUUUAUACUCUAGUGCCACUUGGUGGAAAGAAACCACCUGAGACUUCUGAGAAUGAGUCAAACUAAUUGUCAGGGUCCAAAAGAUAAAAAAAAUAAUAAUGUGUCCGAUCUUUUUAAAGCGCCUGCCUUUUUAUUACAUCUUAAUCAUAAACGGCUGCACUUCUUUAUGUCCCACCUGUUUGGAGUGUAAUGUUUAAAAAGGCAACAUGUUUCUAUCCUUCCUUUCUAAAGCCAAUAUUCUGAAGCACUUAUUGAUUAUUUUUGCCCAAUUGUGAGCAGCACAGCUUUUCUUUUUAUUUCUUUUUUAUUUUUAAGCUCAACUACCUUUUCAGCACUUGGGAUUUUGCAUGCCAUUGCCCUCUCUAGUUCUUUGAAACAAAGUCCCCUGGUUGCGUUUGGCUGGCAUCCCUCUGCACUGUCUACAAUCAGUUUGCUUUAAGUUUGGCUGUAUUUUAGGAUUCCAAAAGGCUCGGCUAUGUUAUCUUUUGGCACUCGGUAAAGAUUGGUAUGUGCUGUACAAAGCUUUUUUUUUUUUUUUUUAUUACUCCAUUGUUAAGGCUGUACAGGGUUGUGACGAUAACUGGUAAAUAGAUCAUUUGUACUUUUUUGGUUUUGUAUUUGUUUUUCUUUGUUUGGCAUUAUUUUAUGUUCAACUUGCCAGGUCUAAAUGUAACAGGAUUUGAAAGUAAAGCUUACAUCAGAUAUUA